UGGGUCGGCGUAGCCAUGGCGGCUCGUGGCCUUUUCGCCUGUGUUCGCCGCCCGUCGCCGCUGCCCCGGGUGCCCACGGUGGCCGCGGUCCGAACGCUCAGCGCCGCUCUGUGCUCCGCGGGAGCCAGGACGAAGCCCGGGGCUCCGCAGUCGUCCUUGGUGCUCGCUCAGGUUCCAGGUAUAGCUACACAGCUGUGCCGCCAGUACAGUGACGCGCCCCCUUUGACGUUAGAGGGCAUCAAGGACCGUGUUCUUUACGUCCUCAAACUCUAUGACAAGAUUGAUCCAGAAAAGCUCUCUGUAAAUUCCCACUUUAUGAAAGACCUGGGCUUAGACAGUUUGGACCAAGUGGAGAUUAUCAUGGCCAUGGAAGAUGAAUUUGGAUUUGAAAUUCCUGAUACAGAUGCAGAAAAGUUAAUGUGUCCUCAAGAAAUUGUAGAUUACAUUGCAGAUAAGAAGGAUGUUUAUGAAUAAAAUACCAGAGCCCUUUUCUUCACUGAGAGAAGGCUGAUGAUGCUGACAAGUGUCUGGAAGUGAGAACACAUUUUGGCAUUAUUGCCGACUGACAGAGUAAUUCUGUUGGACUUGUAUUUAAGUUGUCUAAGUGUUUUAUCCCUCGAAAAUAAAUCUAUAAAACCUA